AUGCCCCAUGCGCCCGUCGCGCACGCCAUCCUGCCGGCACUCAUGGAGCACGUCUCCUACCCCAUGCCCUUCUUCCCCCCGCCUUUAGCGCCGACCGCAGCGCUGGUAGGGUCCAGCCAUGCGGGCGCAGCGGCCGCCGCCGCCGCGUCGCACAGCACUGCUGGCGGCGUCCCGGUGGUGAGCGUGGUGUCGGUGCUGGCGGGGGGCGGCACGGACGUGGCGGCGCUGACGCUGUUCGUGGGGCUGCUGUGCGCGUGCAUCGUGGUGGGGCACGUGUUGGAGGGCGUGCGAUGGAUCAACGACGCCGUCACCGCCAUCCUCUUCGGCCUGGCGUCAGGCGCGGUGGUGCUGUUCGUGCGGCGCGGCGCGAGUUCGAUGAUACUGCGGUUCGACGAGGACCUCUUCUUCAUCUACCUGCUGCCGCCCAUCAUCUUCAACGCCGGGUUCCAGGUGAAGAAGAAGCAGUUUUUCCGCAACUUCGGGGGCAUCAUGGCGUACGGCAUCGCAGGCGUGUUCAUCUCCGUCGCCGUCAUCACUGCAGGUCGUUGCAACUACCUCUUCCCUCUCCUGGGCCUGCCAAUUCAGGCCAGCCACGUGUAUCUUGCGCUGGGUGUGAUCUUCUCCGCCACUGACUCUGUCUCCGUGCUGCAGGUGCUGGAUCAGGAGGAGCAGCCGUUGGUGUACAGUCUGGUGUUUGGCGAGGGUGUGGUGAACGACGCCACGUCCAUUGUGCUCUUCCGCGCCGUGCAGCAGCUCGCCCUCUCGCCCACCGCGCACCCCCUCUCCCUCGCCACGCUGCUCAACGUGCUCUCCGACUUCCUCUACCUCUUCACCGCCUCCACGCUGCUCGGCGUCGCGCUGGGAUUGCUGUCAGCAUACGUCAUGAAGACACUCUACUUCUCCAGCCACGCAACGGACCGCGAGAUAGCGCUGAUGGCGCUGAUGGCGUAUGCGUCGUACAUCCUGGCGGAGGUGCUGCGCCUCAGCGGCAUCCUUUCCGUGUUCUUCGCCGGCAUCGUCAUGAGCCACUACACCUGGCACAACGUCACUGAGAGUUCCCGUGUCACCACCAAGUACGCUAACACGGGGGCGGCGUUGUUCAAGGGCACUUAUAGCUGUGGCAGCAGAGCAGACUGCAAGGAAACAUCCCUCACACCGUGCCUGUGUGCUCCUCCUCCUCCCCGCACCCCACACGUGCACACCAUGCGUGCAUGCUUACAGGCAUGCGUUUGCAACAAUGUCGUUCAUAGCGGAGACAGUGAUAUUCAUGUACGUGGGCAUGGACGCACUCGACUCCGAGACGUGGACCAGCGUCAACGUCAGUUCUCAGAGGAAAGCAAGGCCACGGCAACCAUGCUCAUUGCGCCCACCAUAGCGCUCGUCCUCUUCUCUACUCUCGUGAGCGCUGCCCCUCCCUGCCGUGCACCUCACUACACCUCACCACACCUUGCACUUUCCUUGCUUGUGUUUGGGCUGCUCACGAGUCCACUCAUAGACUACUUCCUGCCCUUCACUCUCCACCACAGCGCCAGCAACUACAGCGAGGGGCCCUCCUCGCCCAAGUACCUGCCCCCACACCCCAUCUCUCCAGCCUCUACCACUGUCUUCCUCGCUGCCUCGCCCUCCCUCCCCCCCUCUCGCCCGCGCCCCUUCUCGUCCUCCACACCCGUCACCUCCGUGUCCUCUGCGCCCUCCUUGCCCACCGCACCCUCUGCCCCCGACGCCGCACCUGCCGUGCCCUCUGCCCCUGUGCGUGCCACGCCCCCACGGCCGCGCCUGCUGUACCCGCAGGGGGCAGCGGGGCAUGUGGAGGGGGACAUGGUGGUGUGCCUGCCCGCCUCCUCCAUGGCUGGUCUCCCCAUGCCCGAUGCCCGCCUCGCCUCCCGCAUCCUCAGCGCACAUGAGAGGGACCUGCAUGACCUGUGGCGCUGGUUAGAUGACACGUACAUGCGCCCGCUGUUCGGCGGUCGUGGGUAUGUGCCCCCUGCUGCUCGCUCCUCGUCUUUCUCGCUCCCCCGGAGUAGCAGCGGGCUGGCGAGUGCGGCUGCUCGCAUGCUGCUGCAAGGGGGCGGCGGGGGCAGCAUGUUUGAACGGCUGGAUGCGCGGGCAGCGGUGGGCAGGGAGGAGGAAGGGGAGGUAGCAGCAGCAGCAGCAGCAGCAGACGCUGGGGUGGAAGGAGCAAUCAUUGGGUGGUGGAAUGUUGAAGUGGUGGGGGUGAUAGGCAGUGCAGAGAACUGGCCAGGCCAGUCCAGGCCUGAGCUGCAAAUCACCCUGAAAGAUGAAGCACCCCCUGGUAGCUUGCAGGAGCUGGGUGCUUAA